AUGUACAACGAUCACUAUGAAGAGCAGUCUGUUGGUUGUCUCGGAGGUAUUCUCUCCAGACUCGGUGUAACAAACUCGCCUGUCUAUGUCAGAGCCUCCUCUAGCGAUGAGAAGCUGCCUGCCUAUGAAGAAUGCAUGUCACAGGCAAGUCCAUUAAACGCAUCCCAUGCAAUGCACCGUAUGGAUGUCAAGGCCGACAGCGAAGUCGAGGCUAUCGUCAAGAAAGCUAUCAAUGAUGUCUCCUCCGAGCUCCGUGCUAUCAGUUUGGAUCUCCAUGAAAAUAUGGAGACUGGUAUGAAAGAGUUCCAUGCUCACGAAGUUCUCACCAACUACCUUGAGAGCAAGGGGUUCAAGGUUACCCGUGGCGCUUACGGUAUGGAGACUGCUUUCCAGGCAGAGUACACUCGUGGUGAAGGCAGACGUGUCGGUAUCUGCUCCGAAUAUGAUGGUCUCCCAGGUCUCGGUCAGGGUUGUGGUCACAAUCUGAUCGCUAUCAGUGGUGUCGCUACUGUUAUCGGCGUAAAGGCCCUUUUGGAUAGCGGAAAGGCUUCUGGAAAGGUCAUCUUGUUUGGUACUCCCGCCGAAGAGCUUUCUAUCGGAAAGAUCGUGAUGGUACAUAAGCGUGCAUUCCAGGACAACGUAGACGUUUGUAUGAUGCUGCAUCCUGGUCCCUAUGAUGCUAAUUAUGCUGCCAUGAUUGCAGUACACGAUGUCAAGCUCGAAUUUUAUGGAAAGCCCACACACGCUUCUGCUACUCCCUGGGAAGGUGUCAAUGCUUUGGAUGCCAUGGUUCAGGUGUGGAAUAACAUCAGUAUGAUGCGUCAACAAUUACUCCCUACAGACAGAGUCCAUGGUAUUGUUACUAAUGGUGGUCAAGCACCCAACAUCAUCCCCGAUCGUACAUCUGCUUUCUUCUUUGUGCGCACAACAAGAUUCUCUGAAAUUGAUCGCCUUAUGAAGAAGCUUGAAAACUGUUUCACCGCCGCUGCUCUUUCCACUGGCUGUGAAGUUAACUGGACAUGGCGUGAGAUUGGCGUCACAAAGGAUGUUUUCCAAAACUCUGUUUUGGCUGAUAAAUAUGGUGCCUAUAUGGAGAAGGAAGGCAUCAAGUUCCCCUCUCGUGAGGAGCAGCAAAAGGGCGCCGGUGGCUCUACUGAUAUGGGUAACGUUAGUUACGAAAUUCCCACAAUCCAUCCCAUAUUUGGUAUCCACACCACUGCUUCCAACCACACCAUUGGAUUUACUGCAGCAGCAAAGACUCUGGAUGCCCACAACGAUACUAUCAUGGCCUGUAGAGGUUUGGCUCUUACAGCUGCUGAUGUUCUUUUGGAUGAAUCAUUCUACCAGGCUGUUAAGCGCGACUUUGACGAGAAUGUUAAGAAUUAA